GUCUUGGCAGAGCGUUCUCAUACUAACCACCUAGUAGCUACCAUCAUGCUCCCGCUGCAUAACCAAAGGCAUAAAAUGCGAUCCUCGCUCCACACGCCGCACAUCAGACAACAACUACCGCACACUUUCCACCAAGAAACCCUUUGUAACACCAAAGCGCUUCCCAACGCCCGGUAUCCUACCCUCUUCAACCAUUUCCCCUUCGCCUCGGAGCAUUUCCUCGACAAGACCGCGGAGUAUCAUGCGCGCGCCUUCACACAUCGACUUCCGUACCGCAGUCAAGAUGAGCCAACAAGCAGCUAUCAUUUCCGGGAUUUCCAAACUCACACCUCUGCCAACGUAUCAGCCUCAGAUCGUGGACGAUUGCUACUCGUACACACCCAGUCCAGAGCCAGACCUCCGCUUCACCCCAGAGAUCGAGCAAGAUGGCUUCCCAUUCUCUCGCGGUGCAACGCCGCAGACGCCUGCUGAGCCAUUCGGCUACAGUGACCCACUUCCCCUUGUCGAAAAUAUGGAUUAUCUGGACUGCCAGCCAUGGUCCAGUGAUGGACUGGUGCCCGUUGGGUUGGGGUUCGCGGAUAUGGAGAUGUUGCUGCCGGACGACAACUGGAUGACGCCUGAACCUGAAGAGAUGGCGCAGGCGAACAUGUUCGCGCAGAACGUCGAGAUGCAGGGCACUUUUGACGCCUUGCUAGGUACAAUGCCCGAGGACUGGUCAAACUUCCAGAUACCGCCACAAGACGACGUAGUUCCAGAUGCAAAGGCCGUCGACAGCGCCCUCGACUCUGGUAUCGUCAUGCAGGGCGAGUGGACUCAGCACUCAAAACAAAAUAUGUAUGUCGAUACGGCGAAUAUGAUUACGUCGACGCCGUAUAUACCAAAGAUGCAGGCGAUACCGGGUAGUGCGCCGGUGUGGGAGGAUGUGUUUAUGCUGAGUCCGAUACCAUACUAAAUAGAAAGAGCGUUGUCUUGCACAAACAUUGGCGCCUUGAAUCAGGAAGCGUUGGAGGUAGUCUGUAUCUUGAUACCCAAUCGAUGAAAAUCCCAACCAGCUGUAUGCCCUAGAUUCAAAGUUGAUGUAUCACUAUACAAAGCUCAGCGAUUAUCUCACCAAAAAUUCAGGAAGGACGAGCCUCUAGCGGCAAGUCUAAUGCUACAAAUUAACAAUCGGAGAAGUAUCGCCAGUGCCGCUCCGCUUAAAGCUCCUGUCUUCGUAUAAUUCACCGUCUCUCCGACUGCAGUUGAACCUCCUACAAGGCCAGCCAAGAAGAAUGAAAG